CGCCCUUCCUUGCGGACUCCCGAUGAAACAUCCUCACAUCCUCUCGCGCUCGUCGAGUUCCAUCUCUCGAGCGAUCCUUGUUCUUUAGAUCUGAUCACAGGCGAUGAUCGCCAAAAUGGUGCGAAUUAAGCUGCCUAUGGAGCUUAUUGAGCAAACAGAGAUUAAGAGAUUACUGAAGGAUCCCCUUCAAGCCCGAAAUGCAGAGGUUCGACAGGAGGUUCUGCAGCGGCGGGAGGUUCUGCAGCGGCGGGAGGUUCUGCAGCGGCUGGGGGUUCUGCAGCGGUUGGGGGUUCUGCAGCGACUGGACAUGAUCGAGUCCGGAGAGAUAAAGAAGGAUUCUCGAGAUGAGUUCUGUUCCGAGGGGGGCAGGAUGGAACGACCCCCUGCCACCUUUGAGCCAUUACGGUGA